GACUGGAUGGAAUACAAGUCUAUUAAGCAUGGCUUGGAGGAGAAUUUUGGUUCAAUCCAUAACUUCUACGAUCCCUACAUAUACAAUGCAAUCAACCUUGUUGCCAAAUAGCGUUUGCUCUGCUAUUGACAGCCUGAACAGAUGGUUUCUUUGGGGCUCUGAUGUAGCAAAUAAGCCACGCUUGGUCAAUUGGGAUACUAUAUGUACGCCACAAGAUCUUGGAGGCCUAGGUGAUGGACAACAGAUAAAAUUUUGGCAGGAUAUUUGGGUCGAUGACAAGCCUUUACAUGAAGAGGCUCAUUCACAAGUUUUACCUGCUUCCAUGGAUAUCCUUGUUUCCCAUGCUAUUACUCCAACUGGUGAAUGGAACGAGGUCUUGCUCGAGCACCUUCUUCCUAGAAAUGUUGUGGAGAGGAUUUUGGCAAUCCCAAUCCCAAUGUUUGCACAGCAACCAGAUAUAGCAUAUUGGAGUGGUUCACAAGAUGCUUCCUCCUUAGUAGCUGAUACAAGGUUGGCUUUGUCAACAAGUGUUAUGGCACAUACCCGUUCACCUCGAUGGGUGAAAUGGUUACCUCCGGAUUUUCCAUUUCUUAAGUCAAACACAGAUGGGGCAAUGAACCUUUCCUUUGGGAGUGCUAGUGUUGGCGGACUCAUCUGUGACCAUGGAGGCCGGUGGAGGCAUGGUUUUGCCAUUAACAUUGGACAACAAACCAGCUACAUGGCAGAGCUUUGGGGUUGCCGCACUAGUCUUCAGUUGGCCUCUGCGCUAGGAAUUACCCACUUGGUUCUUGAAAUGGACUCUCUUUUAGCUGUGCAGAUGAUACAAGCGAGGAAAACUGGGGAAGUAGCUGAUUUUAUGGCCUCACUUGGCCAUAAUCUUAGUCAAGGCACUACAUUCUUCCUGAAUCCACCUGAAGGCAUUGGGAACAUUCUUCAUAGAGACAACAUGGGAACUUUGUUCCUUAGGACUUAGCUUUGUUUAGCUUUGUUUAGCUUCUUAUGUACCAAAAAAAAAAAAAAACUACAUCGAUUUAAUUUAAGUGAAAUUAGUUUGAUUAUCUUAUAAUAGUGAAUUGGAUUAUUUUAAAAAUUUUAUUAAUCAAUUAAAUUGAAUUAA